AUGGAAAUGGCCUCGAGUCCGCGAAACGUGGAGGAGAUCUUCAAAGAUUACAGUGCUCGGAGAACUGCUGUUGUCCGUGCUUUAACUUACGAUGUAGAUGAAUUCUACGGACUCUGCGAUCCAGAUAAGGAGAAUUUGUGUCUGUAUGGGCAUCCAAAUGAAACCUGGGAAGUGACACUUCCGGCAGAAGAAGUCCCACCCGAGCUUCCUGAGCCAGCACUUGGGAUCAAUUUUGCAAGAGAUGGUAUGAAUCGCAAGGACUGGCUUUCUCUGGUUGCUGUUCACAGUGAUUCUUGGCUGCUUUCUGUGGCUUUCUAUUUUGGAGCACGCCUUAACCGCAAUGAGAGGAAACGCCUUUUUAGUUUGAUCAAUGAUCUGCCUACUGUCUUUGAAGUUGUGACGGAAAGGAAACCCGUUAAAGAAAAGCCCAGUGUGGAUAGUGGGAGCAAAUCUCGAGGCAGCACAAAGAGAUCCAGCGAUGGAAUUGUGAAAAGCAAUCCUAAGCUUCCAGACGAGAGUUUCGAGGAGGAGGAUGAUGAACAUAGUGAAACUCUCUGUGGGAGCUGUGGUGGGAAUUAUAACGCAGAUGAAUUUUGGAUCGGCUGUGACAUCUGUGAGAGAUGGUUCCAUGGAAAAUGCGUGAAGAUAACACCCGCUAAGGCUGAGAACAUCAAGCAAUACAAAUGCCCAUCUUGCAGCUUGAAAAGGGGCAGGCAGUAG